UCCCGUACUUCUGCAUCCCACGCGAUGGAGAAUGUACCGGAGAACACGAUGGAUGAUAGCAUUGACGAGCUGAUUACAGAGAAUCAGCAACAUGUCGUGGAGAAUGGCUCAAAUGGGGGAAACGUGGAGAAUCUCAGUGAAUCCAUUUGUUUUGGCGAGGCAGAUGUGCUGACGAGCUCGUCAAAUGUGCGCCAUUCGGCGAAUUUUGCCCCCUUCGGGGCCAUUUCUCGGCCCUUGGAUCGCGGCUACAAGCACGCCUCGCACGGCAAUCUAUCACCACAGGACAGCGUCAUGACGUCUAGUGGCCCGUACUCCGGCGCCUAUGGUGAGGAGCAGAACGCCGUGAUGGCCGUGAGUGGCAAUGAAGUGGACAGCGCGAAGGUGAUUACAGCCGCCACGGCGUCGUCCACACGCUCGAGCCUCUUGCCGUGGGGUCAGCACACGCGCUCCACGAUUGCGGCCAGCGGAACGAGCUCCGCUCCGGAUGUGAGUGGAGCAAGCGGAGCCUCUGAGAGCGUCCUGCGGCCGGGAGAGAUUGUCAUGCGGUCGCUGUUCGCGGACUUCACGCAGCAGGCGGAGAAGAAGAUCGAGUCGGUAAUGAUUGAGGGCUCGGAAAAGAACCUGUCGAAGUUCCUGCAGCGUGGCGAGGACAGUCAAUUCGAUCAGUUGCUGUCGGCUUUGGGAUCCGUGGCGGAGCACUGUCUGCCGUCGCUACUGAACACUCUCCUGGCGUGGCACAAGCGGCAGCUGUCCGACGCGGAGAUCAAGAAUGACUUGAAGAGAAUGGAGAAGAUCAAAUCGAGCAUGGAUAUUGAUCUGCAGCUGCAGAGGAGAGAGUCUGCCGUAGAGUUUAUCUUCUGUCUGGCCCUCAUUGAGAUCCUGAAGCAGUUGCCCUUUCAUCCUGGUCACGAGGACAUCAUCAAGAACAUUGAGAAUCUGGCGUUCAAGCACUUCAAGUAUCGCGAGGGAUUGCAGAACAAUCCAAAUGCUCACAACAUUCACAUGAUUGCCGAUCUCAAUGCUGAAGUCGUGGGCGUUCUGGCGCAGAGUCGUUUCAGUUCUGUGCGGAAGAGAUUCAUGCUGGAGCUGAAGGAGUUGCGAGCCAAAGAGCCGAGUCCACACACGACGCAGAGUAUCAUCAGUCUCCUCAUGGGCAUGAAGUUCUUUCGUGUGAAGAUGGUUCCAAUUGAGGAGUUUGAGGCGUCUUUCCAAUUUAUGCACGAGUGCGCGCAGUAUUUUCUGGAAAUCAAAGACAAGGAUAUCAAACAUGCACUCGCUGGUCUGUUUGUGGAAAUCCUCGUGCCCGUGGCUGCUGCCGUGAAGAACGAAGUGAAUGUGCCGUGUGUGAAGAACUUUGUGGAUCUCCUGUAUGCCCAGACGUUGGAUGCAUGUACGAAGUCGAAGCACAGACUGGCGCUGUUUCCGUUGGUCACGUGCCUUCUCUGUGUGGCUCAGAAGACGUUCUUCCUCAGCAAUUGGCACUACUUCCUGGCCAUGUGUCUCAGCAACUUGAAGAAUCGCGACGCGAAGAUGAGUCGCGUGGCCCUGGAGUCACUCUAUCGAUUGCUGUGGGUUUACAUGAUCAGGAUAAAGUGUGAAUCGAACUCGGCGACGCAUUCUCGCCUGCAGAGCAUUGUGAAUUCACUGUUCCCGCGUGGAUCGAAAUCGGUUGUGCCGAGAGACACGCCAUUGAACAUUUUUGUGAAAAUCAUCCAGUUUAUCGCCGCCGAGAGACUGGAUUUCGCCAUGAGGGAGAUUGUGUUUGAGCUGCUGCUCGUGGGACGGUCGAUUAAGGUGAUAACAACGCCGGAGAGGAUGAGCAUUGGGCUGAGGGCAUUCCUCGUGGUGGCGGACUCGCUGCAGCAGAAGGAUGGCGAACCGCCGAUGCCGAGGACCGUUGGCGUUCUGCCAAGUGGCAACACGCUGCGCGUGAAGAAGACAUACUUGAAUAAGAUGCUCACGGAGGAUACGGCUCGUACAAUUGGCAUGUCGAACUACUUUCCGCACGUGCGACGGGUGUUUGUCGACAUGCUACGUGCUCUGGACGUUCACUGUGGCCGACCACUUAUGAUGACAAACACCCAAAAUGUCAACAAGGAGCCUGACGAACUCCUCACGGACGAGCGGCGACCGAAAAUUGACCUCUUUCGCACAUGUGUGGCCGCAAUUCCACGUCUCAUUCCCGACAAUAUGACGGGUCAUGAACUUGUGGACCUGCUGUCACGUCUCACCGUUCACAUCGAUGAUGAACUGCGGGGUCUGGCGUAUCAGUCUCUGCAGACGCUCAUGAUUGACUUCCCGGACUGGCGACAAGACGUUAUUCAUGGCUUCACACAAUUUCUCGCACGUGAUGUGGCCGAUGUGUUCCCACAAUUGGUGGAUAAUGGACUGAGAAUGCUUGUGAUGUUCCUCAAUACCUGGAGAAAUGCCAUUGCCAGCAAUGCUCAGGGAAGUCCUUCGAAUACCAUCAAUAACAGCAAAAUGAGCUCAAGUCAUUCCACAAACACUGUGAAACAGGCGCCAGGAUUCGUGCAGCAGCAGCAAACGGUUGCGAGCACGACCACGUCGAAUUCAAGUGGAAAUUCCAGCGUAAACUCAAGUGGCGUCUCGAGCAUAACGCAGCAAACGACCGCGACAGUUGUGGACGCUGUGAGGAAGUCGAACAGCAUUGAACAGCCACUGGGGACGACUUUCCACUUGGUGGAAGGCUUGGCGCUCGUUGUGCUGUGCAACAGUCGCCUCCAGCCGAGAAAAUUAGCCGUGCACAUCAUGAAGGAGGUGAAGAACUUGAAGAAAGCACUCGGCAUUCCCGAAACAGAACCACCGCUAAUUGAUGCUAUCGACAAGUGCUGUCCAGCGCUGACCGACAAGUGCCUCCACAUGCUGCCGCAGGCCGAGCGGGCAGCGAUGCUGGCGGCCAAUGUGAUCGAUCUGCAGUGGAUUGCGGAUCGCACGAGUGGAAUCUGGACGGUUGGACACUCUGAGGACGCAACGAAGGCCUCCACGCUGACGUUGAAUCUGUCGCAGAGCGCCUCAAGUCAGCAGUUCGACCCGUGGGUGGUGUUCCUGUUCGGUUUCAUGGAGCGCCACUGCGUGCUGCAGCAGUGUCCGUCCGUGGUGGCUCAGGCGUGGCCCGUGUGCUAUCAGCGCGUCACGAGUCUCUACUCCGUAAUCGAUCCCACUCCUGUGAGUGACAAUCGAGCCUCUCUGUUGCGGAGCUCGGCGCCGCCGAAGAAGAAUCCACUUGAGAAUCAAAGGGAUUCGCUGGCGCAUCUGUGGAAGAACCAAGUGGCGAUGGCCAUGAGAGUGGUUCCGCCCAUUCCCAGUGUAGCUGUUCGCUGUGCGUCUCCUGACUUGAGUCUGAGUCUGCAUGAGCAUUCCGAUUCACGGUCGUUGUCUGAUUCUUUGGAUAACAUACCGUCAAAUGUAUUCGGCCCGGAAGGAAUGAUUACCAGAUUUACUUUGCCUCUCUCGUAUGGACGGAAAGAUUUUCGUAAUAAGCGGCAAGGCUCAUCUCCUGACUCCCUGACGGCGGACCGAAGCGAUAAGUCCGGCUCGGCGGCCUCGACGUCGCCCGUAGCCCUAUUCAAGUUGGUCGUGCCGCUUUUGCGCUGCGAGGUCACGGAUGUUCGUGAUGCCGCCGUGAACGCGCUGGGCAUGAUAAAUCACGAUGCGCUGAAGGAUCUCAUGGACGAGCUGGUGAUUUACAUACGUGAGGCGAUAGAUAGGAAGCAGGAGAACAUGCGGCGGCGGCGUCGGCGGGACGCGUUGCGUCUGCAGCUGGUGCGCGUGCUGGAGAGGAUUGCCGACAAUGGGACAUACGGGGUCAGUCCGUGGGUGCUAGAGCGUGAGAGUAUGUCCCUCCAUCCGACUUUUGUGGAGUACAUCGAUGGGGCAAGACUGUAUCUCGAGGCGGAAAUCGAUAAGGAGAACACGAGCAUUAGGGAUGUGAAGACCCACUUUUGUGAUUUCAUACGAAAGCUCAUCAAGAAUUUCCCUCUUGAGGUGUGCGGAACGCUUUUAUCGAGGGAUCUCAAGAGGAAUUUAUUCAACUUAUUCGCCUCAUGGAGUGGAGAAUUCGCAAAACCUCUCGGCAUAUCGCAUAAUUCUGUAUCAGCAGGAAAUUCGGGAGUGGAGGAGAAACUACAGUUUAGCGCACUACAGGCCAUGUCUGUCCUUCUGUGCCGUGGGUUCUGCUUCAAUACACACUACUUGGCUGAGGAAGGACUUAUUUAUCCUUGGCUCGACAUGCUCCUCGAAUCCAGAGAUGAGAAGAUUUACCAGCUGGCGAAAGACACUGUUGUGCUGCUAUUCGAGUCCAAUCCUGAUAUGGGUCAAUUGCUGGAGUGGGCCAUUGAUCGCUGCUACACGGCGCUUCCUCGACAGGCAGAUGCGUGCUUUCUGGCUCUUGCGGCAAUCUUCAGUGCAAGAGAAUAUCCCUGCGAUCAUUACACAUCAGUCAUAAAUGUAACGCUGCUGAUGACAGGAUGCCCCAGAAUUGCCGUUCACUCCACUGCCAUUCAGCUACUUCAAGUGCUCGACAAGAGAUUCUUCGGCACCGUCGGGCCACUGCAUCCGGAGAGUGAGAAAGACGAGGAACGAUUGGGCACUUUGGAUGCUCUCCUGAGCAAUGCUUACUGCCGAUCGCAGAUGUUUCUCUCGAAGCAAAUGGCACAAUUGCGUCCCGAGCUGACGAUGCCCAUGUUUUCUGAGAUUACUCAUCGCUUUCAAACGGCCAGAGCGGAAGUUCGAGUGUCUCUUCUGCAGUGUCUUCUGCCGUGGCUGGAGAAUGUGGAACUUGUUGCCGCAAGUGUUCCGCCAGCCACACCACUGUCCUACAUCAUGUACUAUCCGGAUACUGGCAAUAAAGGACGUCGUGAAGGUUCGGGAUCCACUGAAGCCACAGAGAUGAUAUUGAAUAAUCUGUUCUACAUCACAGUGAAGUUUGCAGAUUCGCACUCGAGAGACAUUGAGGAGCUUUGGGGCACGCUGUGCCAAUUCUGGCAGAAUAAUCUCAAAGUGAUUCUACGAUAUCUGGUUAUCAUCUCAGGCAUGGCGCCAACGGAACUUCUGCCAUACGCAAAGAGGGUGGCUCUCUAUUUGGCCAGAACGUGCCCCAAUCGGCUGCUCGAUGAGCUAAUGGCAGAAUUGCAAAUUGUGGAAACACUUAAUUGCCUCAUCGAGCGCACUGAAACACCCCCGUUUUAUCGAUUGACCAGCAUGAGGAAGGCAUCGAGUCACUCAGACGGCCAAGCGACAGGCGCUAAUGACGCGCGCUUGCAGGAAUUGGCCGUGGAGAAGGGGACAAUCCACACGAAGCGCCACAGUGGAGAGGAUCCAAUUAAGACAGGAACUUGCAAAUCCGACAGCGGCCUGAGAUCCUUCUCCACGGGCUACAGACCGCCGCGAGGCAGUGACAAGAUCCGUGCUGCAUCGGGACCGUCAAUUCUGCCCAGGCCAGAAGAUGUUAUCCCAAAUGAACCAGAGUUGACACAGGAUGAGGGAUUCGAGCUGAGAUCGAGUGCCGCUCCGACUGCGCCUCAUCCGCUGCCCAUGCCCGAGUAUGGCGGCUAUUUUGCGCCGCUGACGGAGUUUUUGCCGGACAUGAGCUUGCCUAUUAGUGGCUUUCAUCGCUGCAACGUGGCGGUGAUGCUCUUGACAGACAUCGUCGUUGAUGGCAUUCCCAGCAUUGAUUGGACACUGCAUAUUCCGCUGAUGAUGCACAUUCUCUUCCUCGGACUCGACCAUACGCGGCCCAUUGUCAGGGAUCACUGCAAGCAGCUGCUGCUGAAUUUGCUCGUGGUGUUGGCCGAGCACAGUGACCACUUGAGUGUGGCGCGGAUUCUGCUGAACAGUGAAACUGUGCGACUCGGACUGGGAAUUACUGUGCCAACUUUGCCGGUGAUUCUGCACAACUUCACUGAACCGGAUCAGGAAUUCGACAGUUAUCUGUUUGGGCCGCUGGUGCCGCCUGUGGGUGUUCCAGCGGUGCUGCCGAGUGGCGGAGCGCCGCCGGAGAACUACGAAGUGCCGCUGAUUGUGACAGAGGAGAAUGCUCCGCCCCAGCCGGGCCCAUCAAUGCCCACGGCUCACGUGAUCAAGAGUCUUGUGCACUUCUUGUCGCGUGGCUCAUGCCAGCCGUUGUGGAACUAUGAGGACAUCACCGCGAAAUUGUGGACUAUUAAGUCAGCGGAACAGCUCACGUGCUUCCUGCAUCACAUACUCAAAGUCUUCUCGGACAGCUAUCCAUUGGCACGGAUAUCCGAGCGAUGGGCACAAACUGCUCUGCAACUUGGCCUUAGUUGCUCCUCACGCCACUACGCUGGCAGGAGUCUUCAGGCGUUCCGCGCUCUCAAUGUGCCCAUCAAUUCACGCAUGCUGUCUGACAUUCUAUCACGCCUGGUGGAAACUGUGGCGGAACAGGGCGAGGAUAUGCAGGGUUACGUGACUGAAUUGCUGCUGACUUUGGAAGCUGCUGUGGACAGUUUAGAUUCUGACUUCAGACCACUGGACGUGAUGAAGGAUAUUUUCAAGAGUACGCCCAACCUGAACAACAAGGAUGGCACCAAUAUUGCAGCAGGUGGAAAGAAGUCUCCCUCGGGCGUUCCUGGCUCACCGCUGACCACAAACUACUCGGUAAACCAGGGCCACACGAGAAGCACGAGUUAUUCAGUGUCUUAUUGCACACGUAAAACUUCAUCGUCGCCCAACGAUAAGCAGGUGGAGCUGAGAAACAGAGCAGCUGGUCUUGAGAUGGAGCGAAGUGGUGGGAAAUUCGGUUCAUCCCUAUCGAGAUCAAGAAGUGCCCAAAGUUUGAAACAUCUUGGAGAUACUGGGACGCAAGAUGAUAAAAUGACAAUUUUGGCUCAACUAUUCUGGCUGGCAGUGUCACUGCUCGAGAGUGACUAUGAGCACGAAUUCCUGCUGGCACUGCGUCUCCUCAGUCGUGUGCUUCAUCGUUUGCCACUCGAUCGCCCGGAUGCACGUGACAAAGUCGAGAAGCUGCAGACACAGCUCAAGUGGACGGGCUAUCCAGGUGUGCAUGCUCUACUGUUAAAGGGAUGCACUCACUCCUCCACCUACGAGCAGACCAUCUCCGUCCUCUCGCAGUUCUCUCCGCUGCUCAGUCUGCCCGUGUGCGAUCCCACGCAAAGCUGCGCUUUCCCGCUCAACGUCAUCGCCUUGCUGCCCUACAUGCUGCUCCACUACGAGGACGCCAAUGAAGUGUGCGUCCGGAGCGCAGAGAAUAUCGCUCAGGUUUCAUCGGAAUUGGGGUCGAAAUUGGAGAAUCUCGGCACGGUGAUGAUUCUGUACAGUCGUAAAACAUUCAGCAAGGAGUCAUUCCAGUGGACAAAAUGCGUUGUAAAAUAUUUAUAUGACACUUAUGCGCAUAUGGGACUCCACAUGCUGGCAUUCCUAAUUGAGGUACUGGAGAAAGGCUGGCAACAAGUGCAAUUGCAAGUGCUGAGUGUCCUCCACUGCAUGCUACACUAUAUUGAUCUAUCGUCAGUUCAGGCCCAACCAAUAAGUGCGGAUUUGCUGCGAGUUGUCGCCAAAUAUUUGGAUAGCGCGCACUGGAAGGAGGCGAUGAAAAUUCUGAAAUUGGUGGUUACACGGAGUUCCAGCCUUCAGGUGGUGCCGCAAGGACCGCCCGAGAACAAAUCGUCGUCCUUCUUCAUGCACAGCAGCUACAGCGACAGCGAAGUGUUCUACAAGAAAGAAUUGGCGGGCAGAACGAUGGAUUUCACGUUCGAUGUGUCGCAAACGCCCCUCAUUGGGCGGCGGAUUCUGCUGAAAUCUGACUCGGACAGCGUUCAGUCGGCUUCUCAGGCGAUGCAGAAGAAUGGGCAGCAAAAUGUUGGCUAUUUGGUUCACGCCGGAACUCCAAAUUCGCCGAGACGCAGCGCGAGUCUCUCGCCAGCGGACACAAUUCCGCUGAGCGGCUGGAAGCGUCCGUGGAUGUCACAGGGACGCGUGCGUGAGUGCCUAGUGAAUCUCCUGACCACGUGUGGACAGCGUGUUGGCCUACCGAAGAGUCCAUCGGUCAUCUUCAGUCAGUCCUCGGACUUGAUGGAGCGCCAAUCCUCGGCUGCAUCGAGCACGGACGAGACUUCUGGUCCACAGCAGGAUUUGAGCGGUGGUUCUCGUCGGGACGAUGGUCAACCGGACUUCGGGGUGUUCAAAGACUUCGACUUCCUGGAGUACGAGAGUGAGAGCAUCGAGGGUGAGUCGACGGACAAUUUCAACUGGGGUGUCCGUCGAAGGCCUCUGUCUGAGGGCGACAGUGAGCCUCUGACUAGUUCCAAGCCACAUUCCGUCGUGGAAGAGAGUCUGAGCGAGAAGACGCCUCUGCCGCGAAGAAAGCGCCAUCCGGCUGACGAUUCCUCGGACGAGGAAGUCGAGUCGGAGUCUCCGCUGGAUGAGGAUCAGCGUCCGCUGUUCACCAAGCCCUUCCUGAGUGGUCCACCGACGUCCUUAAGCCUGCGAGAGCAGCGACAGCGGCGCGAUUCUGUGUCCAGGAGUGACACGAGUGGGUCAAGUGCUGGAGAUUUGGGCGAUAUUACGCCCUGCAACGCUUCACCACACUUGCCGGGCUUGAUUUCCUUCCGGGCGCCGAUUCGCGAUGAUGGCGAGGAGGCGUGGCGCCAGCAGAUGCAAGCGUUGCUGGUCAAUCAGCCGUCAGGACACGCUCCUGAACUCCUGCACCAGCUGUAUUUGCUGCUGAGAGAGCUCACCAACAAGACCAUCAGCAUCUCGAAGGAAUCCCUGAGAUUCUUCACGGGCAUUGGCCAGCAGAUGGGCAGCAGGAUCUCAGUGAUGAUGGAUCUGCUGGUGUCCAAGGGACAGCCGCCGCGAGUGUGGCAUCAUCAAGGCAUUGUGACGACGCCAAGACUGUUUGAAACCCUCCGAUUUGGUGUUCUGGAAGUUCAGGAGCACCUCGAGACGUUCUUCGACCGCAAGGAUCAUGUGCUUGAGUGCCUGGACUCAGUGAAGACAUCAUGCAAAUUAGCUCUCUUUGGUGAUAUUGAUCUGCAAGUGGAAAGUCCCGGAGCGGCUGGAUUGUCAUUUGAUCCGGGCACGGCGGAGAUACUCAUUGAUCUGGGACGUGGCCUGUAUAAGCUCAUGUUUCAACUACUUCUGCUAAUUGAAUCGAAUAACAAGAUUCUCGUCAGUAUUGUGCAGAAUUUGCGACAGAAUGAGAAGAUGCACGACUUCUCAAAGACCCUGGCAAUCAUUCGUGGAACACUUUUGCGCUGCAUGGACGACACGGAAAUGGAUUCUCUGGAUACAUCAACGUCUACUGAGGGUGAAAAUACACCCACACCGUCACCAAGUGUCCCAAUGACGAAUGCUGAGUUCGAGAAUGUCGCCGUGGAGUUGAUUGAGAGUCAACGGUGGUCAGCGGCUCUGGCUCAUGUGCGCCAACAUCGGCAACUCACGGCAAAUGCGCCGCCAACGUCUCCGGGCGGCGAAGUAUCGCUGAAGCUGUGCCAUCACGAGAGUUGCUCAGCGCCCGACGAUGUUUCCCUCCUGAUGAAUAUCUACUCGCAGAGACUGACCAGAGAUCGCCAAGACGUCUACAUAAUUUCACGAGCGGAAAAUGAACUCAGUGAUACGUAUACGAUUUUAAUGGAAAAUCUCUAUCAUGUCUCAUCGGCGCUGAAUGCGAUGGAGCUCACGCUGAAGAAUAGCUCAUCAGGGUCGUCGUCGGGCGGCGGCAGUGGCGGCGGCGGUGGGGGCGCAUCAAAGGACACAGUGGAUAUUAUAACGACACUCUAGAAGUGGGAAAGGGCACCCAAGAGGCGCACGGUGCGGAGGCGGAGGCGCAAGCGGCGAUGCCUUAAUCUCAAACACCCGCAAAAGUGUCUAAUUCCAUUUCGGAGAUUCUCAGACUUGCACGACGAUGAAUGAUAAACUUUUUUAAUUACUGCUACACUCUCUUAGUGGAUGGUUUUGCCUGUGUGCUAAUGAUGUCAGGAGGUGAGUUUUUAUUUCAAUUUUAUGUCUUUCGGUAUUCCUAAGUUAUGAAUUUUUUUUAUUGCUCUGAACUGCGUGAAUAGGAAUCUAAGUAGUGUAGUAUAUAUAGAGAGAGAGACAAUGUGUAAUGAAAUAAAGUAUUUCUUAAAGACAA